CUCAAACUGCCUGGCGGAAAGCGCUGGACGUGUUGCGCGGGUGGUCUCAAACACAGCAGCUCCCCAGGGAGGGGGGCUGUCAGUAACCCAUUUCACGGAUGAGGAAGCCUGGGUUUGAUUCCUGGCACCCGCCACCACUUCACUUGCUGUGUGAUCUUGGGAAACGAAAGUCCCGAAAGGCAGAGCGACUUGCCCGAGGUCGCGGGACUAGAAGGUGGCGAGCAGGAUUCGAAUUCUCCACCAGAGUAGAGAGUUGCAGCCAUGGCUCAGACCCUGCAGAUGGAGAUUCCAAACUUUGGCAACAGCAUUCUGGAGUGUCUGAACGAGCAGCGGCUGCAGGGCCUGUACUGUGAUGUGUCGGUGGUCGUCAAAGGCCACGCAUUCAAGGCCCACCGGGCUGUGCUGGCCGCCAGCAGCUCCUACUUCCGGGACCUGUUCAACAGCAGCCGGAGCGCUGUGGUGGAGCUGCCGGCAGCUGUGCAGCCGCAGUCCUUUCAGCAGAUCCUCAGCUUCUGCUACACAGGCCGGCUGAGCAUGAACGUGGGCGACCAGUUCCUGCUCAUGUACACAGCCGGCUUCCUGCAGAUCCAGGAGAUCAUGGAGAAGGGCACUGAGUUCUUCCUCAAGGUGAGCUCCCCCAGCUGCGACUCCCAGGGCCUGCACGCUGAGGAGGCCCCGUCAUCCGAGCCCCAGAGCCCCGUGGCACAGACGUCCAGCUGGCCUGCUUGCGGGACCCCGUUGCCCCUUGUGUCGCGCAUCAAGACAGAGCAGCAGGAGUCGGACUCCGUGCAGUGCACGCCCGUGGCCAAGCGGCUGUGGGAUGGUGGCCAGAAGGAGGCGGGGGGCAGCGGGGGCGGGGGCAACGGCAGCCGCAAGAUGGCCAAGUUCUCCACGCCGGACCUGGCCACCAGCCGGCCACCCCAGCCCCCGCCGCCUCAGCAGGCCUUGGUGGCGGCAGCGGCGGUGGCAGGGGGCGUGGUGAGUGGGCCCAGCACCUCGGAGCGGACCAGCCCAGGCACCUCAAGCGCCUAUACCAGCGACAGCCCCGGCUCCUACCACAACGAGGAGGAUGAAGAGGAGGAUGCGGGCGAGGAAGACACGGACGAGCAGUACCGUCAGAUCUGCAAUAUGUACACCAUGUACAGCAUGAUGAACGUCGGCCAGACAGCCGAGAAGGUGGAGGCCCUCCCUGAGCAGGUGACCCCCGAGAGCCGGAAUCGCAUCCGGGUGCGGCAAGACCUGGCAUCUCUCCCGGCUGAGCUCAUGAACCAGAUUGGCAACCGUUGCCAUCCCAAACUGUACGACGAGGGUGACCCCUCAGAGAAGCUGGAAUUGGUGACAGCCAUUCGCUGGCUCCCUUCUUCAGGCACCAACGUGUACAUCACAAGGGCGCAGCUCAUGAACUGCCACGUCAGUGCGGGCACGCGGCACAAGGUCCUGCUGCGGCGCCUCCUGGCCUCCUUCUUUGACCGGAACACGCUGGCCAACAGCUGUGGGACCGGCAUCCGCUCUUCCAGCAACAACCCCAGUCGCAAACCGCUGGACAGUCGCGUCCUCCACGCUGUCAAGUACUACUGCCAAAACUUUGCCCCCAACUUCAAAGAGAGUGAGAUGAAUGCCAUCGCGGCUGACAUGUGCACCAAUGCUCGCCGUGUUGUGCGUAAGAGCUGGAUGCCCAAGGUCAAGCUGCUCGUGCCCGAGGGUGAUGCCUACACCACCUUCAUCAGCGACACGGGCAAGAUCGAGCCAGACAUGAUUGGCAUGGAGCACAGCUUUGAGACAGCCAGCCAUGAUGGCGAGGCCGGCCCCUCGGCUGAGGCUCUGCAGUAGCCGCACCAGCCUGUCCCCAAGGGGCUGUCACACUCUGCCCCCUUUCCCCCUCCCUCCCCCCACCAUCACACCUGCCCGCCAUUUUGGUCACUAGCUACUGUCUGUCCCUCCCCAGGGCCCGCGGGGGGUGGUGCAUGCUCCCAGCCCCUCUGCCUCCCCGGUCCCACCCCUGACCCCAAUCGGAGCGGGCUGGGAGAAGGCGGCAGGGUUGUGAGGUCUGCAUUGCCUUCUCUAGCACACACUUGUGCACAGUUGGGGAGCCCCCACUCCCCUCUCCUAACCCCUGGCAGUUGUCUCCCUACUCCCCAGGCUGGGCACAGGGAGGGGCUGGCCUGGGGGGGCUCCAGAAGCCCCACCUCCCCAGGCCCCAGGGCCACCUGGAGGAGGUAUUCCUCAGCCUCCAUUCCUUGGGACUCACAGGGGCCCUGGGGUUCUCAGGACCCCCCACCGCCUCCACCACCACCUCCCAGUGCUUCCAUGUUUCCAAAAGCGCCUUCCUGUCUCCCUGGUCUGUCCCUGCACCCGCAGGCUGGGGUAAGCGAGGUGUGGGGACUGCUGCCUGAUUUGUAGCAGAGGAAACAGGCUCAGAGAAAUUCCACGACUAACCUAAGGUGGUAGAGUGGGGGCCAGCCCAGUGCCCCUCUCUGCCACCCUGUACUCAGCCUCUGCUGCCCCUAUCUGUCCCCUGGGGCCUGAGGGGCAGGCCCUGGGUGAGGGGGCCCUUGGGGGCAGACCCAGGGUCUGAGGACAGAAGGAGAGGUUUCCGGGCGCUUGCAGAAGCGUUUGCGUGUGUGCGCGCGCGCGUGCGUGUGUAGAUGUUUUGCGUUUAAAAAGAUGAAGAUAAAAGCAGCAGUAGGACCAGGGUUGGAACCCAGGGGAGCAGGCUGGGUGGGGGGGCUGCUGCCCUUCCCUCCCUUCCCCACCCCCACCCUGCGCCCACCCCGUGUACAUACUUUUUAAAACAUUUUUUUAGCUAAUGAAAUACUGAAGUAUAAGAUUCCUUUUAUUUUUCAAACCAACGGGACUGUGUCUGAGGUCCCCUUCGGACCCCAGGGCUGUGGAAGGCAGGAUGGGGCGUAGGGGCUGGGGCAGGUUGAUUGCAGUGUGCACGUGUGGAGUGUGGGUGCGCGUUUGGGAGGCAGGGCUGCCCGGGCUCCUAUGGGUCUAACCUGCUGCUCCCACAGCGGGCCUCCAUUUGAAGGGUAUCCCUGGCCUUAGGGACAGGGCAGGGCCUGCUUUCAUUAUUAGCAGUUGUUGCAGAAUUUUCUCUCUAACCAUUCCUCUGUCCUUGCCCAGAGCAAGGGGUUUUUGUUGUUUUCUGUUUGACUUGUGAACUUGGGGCGUUUUAUUGUUUUCUUCCCCAUUCCCUCAGCACUGGGUGUCAGGAUUUCACAUUUGUAGCUUUGGCCCUUGACCUCACCUGUCUCGCCUCCCAACCUGACAGGCCCCGUGCACCCAUUGCUCCCAAUUACCUCUGUCUCCAGAGGCAGGGGGAUCACAGGAGGUGGGAGUGGGGGUCAGCCCUGACCGGACACUUAGAUUCUGAGUGGGAGCCACCCUACCCCCACCCAGCAUCCCCCGCUGGUCUGACAUCUGCUUGUUGCAGGGUGGGGAGUUGUGGGGGGGGGUCCCAGUGCGCUGUUCCCUGGCCCAGCCCCCGGCACCUUAGCCUUCAGUGCCCGAGUGGUAGGGGGGA